CAGUACCGCGCUCGUAUUGCAUUCGUUUGCUGCUGCUGGAGCCGGAGCGCGCUGCGGGGCGACACUGCACCGCCGAGGAGGACGCACGAGCACCUUACAGGGGGACUAGGAAAAAGGGGGAAAAAAGAGAGAGAAGGUAGCUCACAGGGGACACGCAAACCCCGGGUUUGAAUACUAGAAGAAAAUAUAAAACGGUCGGAACCUUGGACAUAAGAAGACAACGAGGGCGAACAUCCUAGGCGAUUAUAAUUUAGCCAACACGGCGGGGAAACAAUGAAGGACCGUACGCAAGAACUACGAAGCGCCAAGGACAGCGAUGACGAUGAGGAGGUGGUCCAGGUGGACCGAGAUCACUUCAUGGAUGAGUUCUUUGAGCAGGUGGAAGAGAUCCGGGGCUGUAUAGAAAAGCUGUCAGAGGAUGUGGAACAGGUUAAGAAGCAGCACAGCGCCAUCUUGGCAGCGCCCAAUCCUGACGAAAAAACCAAGCAGGAACUGGAGGACCUCACAGCUGACAUCAAGAAGACAGCCAAUAAAGUCCGCUCAAAAUUAAAAGCAAUCGAGCAGAGCAUCGAGCAGGAGGAGGGGCUGAAUAGAUCAUCUGCAGACCUGCGGAUCCGCAAGACACAGCACUCUACGCUGUCACGUAAGUUUGUGGAGGUGAUGACUGAGUACAACACCACGCAGUCCAAGUACAGAGACCGCUGCAAGGACCGCAUCCAGAGGCAGCUGGAGAUCACUGGGAGAACGACCACCAACGAGGAGCUGGAGGACAUGCUGGAAAGUGGCAAGCUCGCCAUCUUCACUGAUGAUAUCAAGAUGGAUUCCCAGAUGACCAAGCAGGCCCUGAACGAGAUCGAGACACGACACACUGAGAUCAUCAAGCUGGAGAACAGCAUCAGGGAGCUGCACGACAUGUUUGUAGACAUGGCCAUGCUGGUGGAGAGCCAGGGAGAGAUGAUUGACAGAAUCGAGUACAAUGUGGAGCACUCAGUGGACUUACGUGGAACGGGCUGUGUCUGACACCAAGAAGGCUGUCAAAUACCAGAGCCAGGCUCGCAAA